UUCAACAUGGCUCUCAGCGGUUAAACACUCGUUACGAGACUUAAACAUCAUGCAAGUAAAAUGAUAGCAGACAGUGAAGAACCGGAUUAGAAGUAAAUUACACGAUAGUUGCCAGUACCUGGGAAUAACAGAAACAUGGCAACUAACUCCAAAGUCAGCGAUAUUCGCUGGAUAUAUCUCGUGACAUUCCUGGAUUUCUUUGCUGUUGGCUUGAUUUUACCUUCAAUGUCGAUGCACCUGAAUAAACUUGGUGCAUCAUUCUCAACAAUAGGUGCCAUCUCUUCCAUUUAUGCAGGAACUCAACUCAUCAGUGGACCAUUGAUUGGCAGCUGGAGCGACAGAAUUGGGCGAAAAAAUAUCUUCAUCAUCUCUUGCCUAAUAAUUGGAGUGUGUUACGCUCUUUUUGGAAUUGUCGAAUCCAUAUUUCUCAUGCUAGUUCUCAGAGUGACAAUAGGAAUCUUCAAGCACUCACAGGUGAUGAUCCAGGCCUUGAUAACUGACCUCUACCCCAAAGAUGACCAAUCAGUUAUCUUUGGAAAUUUGAAAUCAAUAACGGGAUUGAGUUUUGCAUUGGGACCACUGAUAGCAGGUCACAUGACGGAAGUUGAUGGAGGAUUUUCUCUUACUUGUGUCGUUAGUGGAAUAUUAUUCAUCAUUAAUGCUGUGAUAGCCCAUUAUUGUUUCGGUGACAAGUUGAGCCGACCAGAGCCUAAAUCUCCGAAUGACAUGAAAAAGAAUGAGAAGCUAAAGAAAUUUGAAAUGAAAAAAUUGAAAGAAGUGAUCUCAGAUCUACGAGAAAUCGAUUGGAGGGUAUUUGGUGAUGCCUUCGCCCUGAAAUUCAUGGCAGAAGUAGCAGCAAUUGCCUUCUACGCGAAUUACAACGUUAGGAUAAAAAGGAGGUUCGAUAUGUCGCCAAAGCUAGCUGGAUACACGAUAGCCUACCAAAGUUUUAUAGGAAUAACUACAGGCCUUCUGAUGGGCCGAAUAAAUAGGAAAUUCUACACGGAUGACAUAUCGUAUAGGAAGAGAAACCUCCACGCGUUUACGAUGAUGGCAGUGGGCUUCAGCUGCGCUUACUUCUCAUCGUACUUUCCUCUCUUUAUGUUAUCAACGACGAUUUUCAAAAUCGCCGAUAUGAUCCUGCGGGUAACACUGACAGAAAUGAUAGUGGAAAAGGCUUCUUCCACUAACCAAGGAUCGGUCGCAGGGUCUACAGAGAGUAUUGGAAGUCUAGCUCGAAUGAUAGCUCCUCUAUCCACUGGAAUCGUUGAAGACAUUUGUGGAGUCAAUAGUGCUAAUUUAUUAUCUGCCGCCGUCAGUUUAUGGGGGGUUCGUAUAUCUUCAAAGAUAUCGGCGAGACAAUCUAAAAAAGAUUGACAAUAGAUGAAAUUUUCCUAUCAAUAAGUAAAGAUAUUUUUAUAUUUAUGUAUAUUAUUCUAUUGAUUAUCGAUGAAGAAACAAAGGUUUUAUUCUCA